AUGGCUGCUAUCCUCUACGACGCCCUCAUCGUUGGCGGUGGUCCGGCUGGUCUCAGCGCCGCCCUCACCUUUGGUCGCCAGAAUAUGCGCGCCAUUGUCUUUGAUAGCGGCCGCUAUCGCAAUGCUCCGGCCGACUUCAUGCACAUGGUUCCUGGUGUAGACCACGUUGCCCCGGCCGAGUUCCGAGCGACGGCCCGCGCCCAGAUCACCGGCCACUACCACUCCAUCACCAUUGCCGAGGGCGUAGAGCUGACAAAGGCCAAGAAAUUGGACAAUGGCUUUGAAGUCGCCAAUGAGAGCGGAACUGUCUGGCAAGGAAAGAAAUUGAUCCUGGCCACUGGCAUCCAAGAUGUCCCUCUCGAUAUACCUGGAUACGCUGACCUCUGGGGAACUGGCAUCUACCACUGCUUAUUCUGCAAAGGAUACGAACAGCGCGGCGACUCGUCGGCCAUUCUCGCAGUAGGCUCACUCGAACACGUCGGCCACGCUCUGCACGUCGCCCGCAUGGCCAGCUCUUUGAGCGACAUUGUUACGAUAUACACCAACGGAAACAGCCAAUUGGCUGGCGAAAUCGAGGCCAAGUUUGGCGCUACAAAAGUCAUGAAGACGGAUGCGAGAAAAAUCACACAGUUCUCCCGCGGACCCAAGAAUAAGGAAGUCACAGUCUACUUUGACGACGGUACGACAGAGACGCACGUGUUCAUCUCGCAUCAGCCUGUAGUCAACCAUUCAAGUUCACUAGCUGACCAGCUUGGCCUGGAGAGAACGGCAAGCGGCGAAAUUUCCGUCACUCCGCCUUUCCAGCAGACGAGCGUGCGCGGCGUCUUUGCGGCGGGCGAUGCGUCGUCUAUGAUGAAGACGGCGCCGAAUGCUAUUUAUACAGCAAACUUUGCGGGAGCGGGCGCGAUAAUGCAGGUACAGGCAGAUCUCCAUGGCCAAGAGCCUCUGAUGCCAAUUUAA